UCAAGUGACUGGUUAACACAAUAGCUUGCCCGUCUGCAUCCUGCUAAAUUCCAAAGCUAGAGCCCUGAAAAAAAAAAAAAUGCUUCUCUAGGCAUCGCUGAGCUCACUGGCAAAGUUCUGGCUGAGGACUAUGCAGAUCUGCAGGAUUAUACAGAGCAGAGAGAAGAUGAUAAGGCAUUGCCCCAGUGACCUGUCAAGUGGAAAGAGCCAAGAGCUUGGUGCUGUGUGCCGGCAUCCAACCUCCCUUCUGAACAUCGGUGAAGGAAAAGACAAGCUGGUGUCCGCGUUUGCCACGCACAGGUGUGGACGGCACAGCAGAGACCUGAAAGAGGAGCAGCAGCAGUUGAGGAAGAAGAUAAACAGCAGGGAGAGGAAGAGGAUGCAAGAUCUUAACGUGGCGAUGGACGCCCUAAGAGAAGUCAUCAUGCCAUACUCUGCCACCCACUGCCAGAGCUCACCGGGGAGAAAGUUGUCCAAGAUUGCCACCCUCUUGCUGGCCAGGAAUUACAUACUGCUUCUUGGAAGUUCCCUUCAAGAAUUACGUAGAAUCAUCGGGGACAUGAGUGGCCCAGCGCCCAGGUUGCUUCUCGCUGGUCUGCCACUCUUUGCAGCUCCAGGGUCUGUGUUCCUGGCACCUGGCACCGGCAGCAACGGAGAGACUCAGUGCUUGGGCAAGAUGCACUCCUUGUCGGUGGAGGAGCAGCCAUGCUCGGCCUUCACCAUCCCAGGAGGAAGCAGCGUUUGUGCCUGUUCCAUCUGCAGGUUCACGCACUUCGUUCCCACCAACCUCAACAUGAAAGCUGUACAGCUGCCCAAAUAGUCAAAAACCCCAUGAAGGCCAAGAAACAUUUGAAGGACUAUCAAUGGACAUUGAAGAUGCUCCCCACAAACUCUGCCAAGUCUGCAACCAAAUCAACAAAGAUCAUCACUGACUGCGAUAAUCUGAUAAUAAAGAAUGGGUAGUAAGAGCAGCAAUAGUGGUGGGAUCAGCAAUAGUGAUCUUAUAUACAAAAGGAUCACUGGUGGAAUUGGAAAUAGAUCUUAAGCCUCGUACACACGACCGAGGAACUGGACGGGCGAAACACAUCG